CCGGGAAAGCACAUCACCCUCCUUCCUCCCCCUCCUUUCCAGAGGGAGGUUUGCAUUUGCUUCUGAGGCACAUCAGGUGCAGGCUGCUGCUGCCCAGCACAGGCAAAACCCAAAGAGCAAGGGCAGACCGGGGUUUAAAUGUUCCAUGCUCAGGCUUGCUAACAAAGCCAGUUCCACACGUUCAGGGGGUUUAAGGCAGAGGAACCCCAAAAGGGCUGUGCUCUAUUGUCUCCAGAUCGUGCUGCCUCUUUAAAAUCAGAAAUGCACGGACAGCUUCAAGGUGCCUCCCACUAAGCAAAGGCUUUAGAUGCAGGCACAGAGGCAGAGGAGCCAUCCUCUAACAUGAAUGGGAGGGAAGGAGCACUCAGCGGAGUCCUUGGGCUACUUCCAGUGAUCCUUUCUCUCCUCCAGUAACAGCAGCACCUGCAGAGGAGAAACCUGGCAGCUCUCCUCAGGGUGCCUGAGACCUCCAAGAAGAUGAGCGCAACUGCAGAAGGAGAUAAGUGAGGCCGUUGUUCUAUAAUCUUCUGGGGACAAGCACAAGGUUACUCACGGCUCAAAAGGAAGCUUUGGGUGAGGUCUCUUGCCUGCCACUCUUGGCUAGCACAACACCGAGGGCCAGACAAGCUGUACACACCAAAAGAAGACAGACAUGGCCAUGGAGCAAACUGAACAUGACCUAAACGCUACCACUCGCCUCAACUUCGCUGCAAUCUACAACAUCCACGAGGGGGAUUUCACCUCUUUGCGAAACUCCUCCUUCCCUUUCAAUUUCACCUACAGCGACUAUGACCUGCCGCUGGACAGCGAAGACGACGUGACCAAAACCCUCACCUUCUUCACAGCCAAGAUUGUCAUCGGGGUGGCUCUGGUUGGCAUCAUGCUGGUCUGCGGCAUCGGCAACUUCAUCUUCAUCGCUGCUCUCGCCCGCUACAAGAAGCUGCGGAACCUCACCAACCUGCUGAUCGCCAACCUGGCCAUCUCGGACUUCAUCGUGGCCAUCGUGUGCUGCCCCUUCGAGAUGGAUUACUACGUGGUGCAGCAGCUGUCCUGGGAGCACGGCCACGUCCUCUGUGCCUCGGUCAGCUACCUACGAACUGUCUCCCUCUACGUUUCAACCAAUGCUCUCCUGGCUAUAGCUGUUGACAGGUAUCUGGCCAUUGUUCACCCACUGAAACCACGCAUGAAUUACCAAACAGCAACCUUCCUCAUUGCCUUGGUGUGGAUUGUCUCCAUACUUGUAGCUAUUCCAUCUGCAUACUUUGCUACCGAAACUGUGCUAUUUAUAGUGAAAAACCAGGAGAAAAUUUUCUGUGGCCAGAUUUGGUCAGUUGACCAGCAGAUGUACUACAAAUCAUACUUCCUCUUCAUCUUUGGCAUUGAAUUUGUAGCACCUGUGAUUACAAUGACCUUGUGUUACGCCAGGAUCUCUCAGGAGCUUUGGUUUAAAACCGUCCCAGGAUUUCAGACGGAACAAAUCCGAAAGAGGCUUCGGUGCAGAAGGAAAACUGUUAUGGUGCUAAUGUGCAUCCUGACUGCCUAUGUUCUCUGCUGGGCACCUUUCUAUGGCUUCUCCAUUGUCCGGGACUUCUUCCCCACCAUCUUUGUGAAAGAGAAGCAUUAUCUUACCGCCUUCUACAUCGUGGAGUGCAUCGCCAUGAGUAACAGCAUGAUAAACACCAUGUGCUUCGUCACCAUGAAAAACAACACCAUGAAGUAUUUCAAGAAGAUCAUGCUGCUCAGGUGGAGGUCAACGUAUAAAGGAAGCAAAUCCAGCACAGAUUUGGACCUGAGAACAAGUGCAAUGCCAGUCACAGAGGAAGUAGACUGCAUAAAACUACAAUAAGCUUUCUGAGGUCCUAAUAGCACCUUUUUUUGGAGAGGGGGUAAAGAGGAAAUAAUACCUUCCCAGAAGCUUCUUCCUUGUCUGUGGGAAUACCCUCCACUGGUGAGAGCCCUCAAAUAAGCAGCCUGCUUUGCAUUCCCACCAGAACUCUUCUCACUGGACUGCUGGAUAAUCCUUAAGCUUGAACAGAUGCUGUGCUUCAGUUCACAUAUCUGUCAAUUUGGGAUGUAGACACUAAUUUUAGAGUUGUUUAAUAAGAACAGAGAAGUCUAUGAAUGCAUUAGAGCAUAUUACAAUGAUGGAAAAGUUGUGUGCUGAUCCUAGCAGUGAUGCUUCGUUUCUUACCAGAAACCUCUUUACUCCUUUGAGCUUAUGACUUGUACCUGUAAGCUAUUUGGUGUCCUUUCUGCUCAGAAGAGAAAGGAUGGCAAAAAAGCCCAUUUUGCUUCCUGUCACCCUUUAACCUCUCAGUUUACCCCUCCUGAUGAAGCUUCCUGAAGUCUACAGACAACCAGCUUUCUUUUGUCAUUGGAUGAUAAUGCACAGCAUGCUCUUAUGAAAGGCACGUGCUCUGAAAGCUAAAAUCUGCUUCACAGUCCAGUGGAAACCUCAAGCCUCUUCCUUUUACACCUUGUUUAAAAACACUUUAUCAAUAUUCCACUCUUUAGUUUUAUGGAGGGUGUUACUCUGCCUGUUAUGUGUUUGGAAAUGCCACAGAUACAAAGGAUCUCUUCCCUCACCUCCAAGCACCCUAUGGCCAGCUUCUGCUGCCUUGAGAUGCUGAGCUCACCACAGAACCCAUCACAAAAUAGUAGAAGUUGGGAAUAACACCUUCACAUUUGUCUAGCCCAGCCCUCAGCACAUAUCAGCCAUGAUUGUGUCCAGCUAGGCUUUGACUGACUCCAGGGAAUGCUGACAGUCUCCCUGGCUCACCAAUGUCACUGUUCAACAGGUCUCACACAGUGGAAAAGUGUUAUCUUAUGUUCAGAUGGAAUUUCCUGUUUUACCUUGCUUGUCUAUCUAGGGAUCUAUCUAACUAAGCAUGGUGGUGAGAAAAAUCCAACCAGACAUCUUAACAAGUCUGUGUGGUAACCUUCAUGAUAAAGGAUAAGCAAAGCCAAACCACCAAGGAGAUCCUGAGAUGAUCCAUCUUUCUGGGAGCAAGACAGGCUGAGGCUUCAGCAAGCCAGACUCUGGUUAAGCUGAAUAGCUUAUUGUCUGCUGAGAUAUGAGGCAACAGCUCUAGAUGAAUUCUGCAUUUUCUUCUGCAGUCCUUCAUUUACUGUUCUGAUUUAGUGCAACUCCAGUUUGGAUGUUUCUCACCUGAUAAUUGUGACAAAGCAGGUGACAGUGACAGUAAUACCUACUUAUUUCAACUACACAUAAGAUAUCAUAGACUUCUGUGUAUGGAAAUAAAAUCUUUUCUGUUGUGAUGAUAAAUGCUUCCUGUUUUAGAGUAUGUGGUUGUGCCUACUUUUGGAGUAAAUGGUUUUGGUAAAUAAUUUGUCUAUUUGUGAAUUUAAAGUGAGCAGCAAAUCCUGAAAAUAAAAUAUGGCCUCAGUAUCAGCAUUCAGAAUUAUUUUUUG